AUGGCCAUCACAGGCGUCAAGAGAGACCACACGGGCAACGCCCGCAGCAAGCAAAGUGACGGGCCCAAGGGACGCUUCCACGACAUGUUUCUUGGCUUUCGCGAGGAAUUGGACCAGCAUCAUGACCGAAGAGAACGCAUUGUCAAGGUGUCGAGAGAUGUUACUGCUCAAAGCAAGAAGAUUAUCUUUUCUCUACAACGAAUGAAACAGCUAAACCAGGACUUCCCAUCCAAUAUCCAACAGGAUGUAGACACCAGACUGGCUGAAAUUGCCAAGCAGCUCGGGUCUGUGUCCGCGGAUCUCCAGUCCAUCAAUCGUUAUCGGUAUCAAAGUUCGCUUCGGUGCCUGGAAGAGUUAGUGGAAGCUCUUUCGUUUGCCCAUUACCUUCGCCAUCAGACGCUCAUUUCACCAGAGCAGACACAGGCAGCGGUGCCAGCAGACGUGCUUAUUUCCACGCACGACUAUCUGUUUGGUAUCUUUGAUCUGUUUGGCGAGCUGAUGCGUUUUGCUACCGUCACGACGGCACAGACAGGCGCUCUGCAAGGUGAUUAUGGAAGAAAUAUCCUCAGGGACAUUCAAGAACUUGGAUGUUCGUUCGAGGUGCUCCGGGAGAUCCCGACGAAAGAUUAUCGUGGCAAGAUGGAAGUGAUGAGGCAGAGCAUCAAGAAGGUUGAGAAGUUGGGGUACGGAUUGAUUGUAAGAGGGAGUGAAAGACCAGCAGGUUGGUUGCCUGAUAUGAAGGACGAAGGGCCUAGAGACGCCGGGUCGCCAUAA